UAUUUUCACAUAUUUUAGUUUUUUUAAUGACUAGGGAAGAAGCAAUCUAGUUAAGUUUCUUGUUUUCUUGGAGUGAUUUCAAAAUGUCGAAAAGGGGUGCAAAUAAUGCACAGAUGUUGGAAGGCGAUGGGAGCGGAAAUUUCGAUUGCAAACUCUCAGAAUUGAGAGAUUUGAUGGAAUUUCGAGGAGAGGAAGGAAUACAAAAAAUACAACAAAAAUAUCAAGAUGUCAUUGGUCUUGCCACUAGUUUGAAAACUUCUCCAGUUGAUGGUUUGGGCGGUGCACCCGGAGAGUUGGAACUUCGUCGGAAGGUUUUCGGCGCCAAUUUUAUUCCUCCAAAGAAGCCAAAGACAUUCUUGGAAUUAGUAUGGGAAGCAUUACAAGAUGUCACUCUCAUUAUUUUAGAAGUAGCCGCUAUUAUAUCCCUCGGUCUUGCAUUUUAUAAACCUCCAGAAGGACAGCCUCUCACCGGUUGUUUGCCAGAGGAAUUUGCUGCUGGUGGUGAAGCUGGUGAAGGAGAGGCAGGGUGGAUAGAAGGGGCUGCUAUUCUUGGCUCCGUUGUUGUGGUUGUUCUAGUGACGGCGGGUAAUGAUUACACGAAAGAGAAACAGUUUCGUGGACUGCAAAAUAAAAUUGAGCAAGAGCAAAAAUUUGCAGUCAUUCGAGCUGGCCAAGUCGUGGAAAUUCCCGUCGCUGAUAUUGUUGUUGGAGAUAUAACACAGGUUAAAUAUGGUGAUCUGUUGCCUGCUGAUGGUGUAUUAUUGCAGAGCAAUGACCUAAAAAUUGACGAGAGCUCACUUACUGGAGAAUCUGAUCAUGUUAAGAAAGGGGUACAUGUUGACCCAAUGCUUCUUUCAGGCACACAUGUUAUGGAAGGAAGUGGCAAGAUGUUGGUUACUGCUGUUGGGGUCAAUUCUCAAACUGGAAUCAUAUUUUCACUUCUUGGUGCUUCGGAAGAAAGUAAAAAGAAAGACAAAAAUGCGGCACCCACAGAAAACUCAGCGCCAUCAAACAACCGAAACGAUCAUACCCACUCAACAUCUCCUGAAGAAAUACCAUUGACAGAAAAUCCACAGGAAAAUGCCCAAGGAAAUACAACAGAAAAUGGUGGAACUACAGAAACUGAUGGAGAGCCAAAGAAGAGAUCAGGCAGGAAAGACAAGUCUGUUUUACAAGCCAAACUGACAAAGCUUGCUGUACAAAUUGGUUAUGCAGGUUUUAUUGUUGCUGUGAUGACAGUUUUAAUUCUGAUCAUAAUCUUCUGCAUUCAAGUUUUUGCUAUUGGUGGCAAAUCAUGGGAGUCUAGAUGUACUGCUCUCUAUGUUCAAUAUUUUGUCAAGUUCUUCAUUAUUGGAGUCACUGUUCUUGUCGUUGCUGUUCCAGAAGGUCUACCACUUGCUGUUACAAUGUCUCUAGCUUUCUCAGUGAAGAAAAUGAUGAAGGAUAAUAAUUUGGUACGUCAUCUUGAUGCUUGCGAAACUAUGGGAAAUGCAACUGCUAUCUGCUCUGAUAAAACAGGUACCCUAACAACGAACAGAAUGACGGUAGUACAAGUCUAUUCCGCUGGUAAACAUCAUAGAGAAUACAUACCAACUCCCGAAAUGCUGCCAUCAAAUAUAGUGGAACUUUUGAUCACAGGAAUUUCUGUCAACAGUGGAUAUACUUCUAAGAUUGUGCCCCCAGAAAAGGAAGGUGGACAGCCCGCACAAGUCGGUAACAAGACUGAAUGUGCUCUACUUGGUUUCGUUGAAGCAAUGGGACGCCAUUAUCAAUCUGUCAGAGAUGAAAUCACAGAAGAGAAACUAUUCAAGGUUUAUACUUUCAAUUCCACACGUAAGUCAAUGAGUACUGUUAUACCUGCUGAUGACAAUGGAUACAGAUUAUAUACCAAGGGAGCAUCAGAAAUUAUUCUGAAGAAAUGCUCACACAUUCUUGGAGAUGACGGAAGCGCUCGUAAAUUCACUGCCAUGGAACGACAAUCUCUUAUCACUAAUGUUAUUGAGUCGAUGGCCAGUGAUGGACUCAGGACAAUCGGACUUGCUUAUAGAAAUUUUACAUCCGAUGGACUACCUGAUUGGGAACAAGAAAAUACAGUCGUCUCCAACUUGACGCUUAUUGGUGUCGUCGGAAUUGAAGAUCCAGUCAGGCCAGAGGUACCUGACGCUAUCAAAAAAUGUCAACGUGCUGGAAUUACUGUUCGUAUGGUUACUGGUGACAAUAUCAAUACAGCAAGAUCGAUCGCCUCCAAAUGUGGAAUCAUUAAACCUGGUGAUGACAUACUUGUGCUCGAUGGAAAAGAAUUUAACAAACGAAUCCGCAAUUCAAAGGGAGAGAUUGAACAAGAAAGAUUAGACAACGUUUGGCCCAGACUUCGUGUACUUGCAAGAUCAUCACCCACCGAUAAGCACACGCUUGUUAAAGGAAUCAUUGAUAGUACAGUAUCUGCAAACAGAGAAGUUGUUGCUGUAACUGGAGAUGGCACAAAUGAUGGUCCUGCACUGAAAAAGGCUGAUGUCGGAUUUGCUAUGGGUAUUGCUGGAACUGACGUUGCAAAAGAAGCUUCCGAUAUUAUUCUAACUGAUGACAAUUUUACAUCAAUCGUAAAAGCAGUAAUGUGGGGACGAAACGUAUAUGACAGCAUUGCUAAGUUCUUACAGUUUCAGCUUACUGUUAACGUUGUAGCUGUAACAGUUGCAUUCGUCGGUGCUUGUGCUAUCAAUGACACUCCAUUGAAAGCCGUACAAAUGUUAUGGGUUAAUCUGAUUAUGGACACGUUUGCUGCACUUGCUCUCGCUACAGAACAACCAACUGAUGCCUUGCUCAAUCGUAAACCUUAUGGAAGAAACAAGGCACUCGUAUCUAGAACCAUGAUGAAAAAUAUCCUCGGACACGCUUUCUACCAAAUGAUCAUCAUUUUCGGGUUACUGUUUGGUGGUGAAUUAAUAUUUGACAUUGACAAUGGACGUACAGCGCAACUUCAUGCUCCACCAAGUGUACACUUUACCAUCAUUUUCAACACAUUCGUACUCAUGCAAAUAUUCAACGAAAUAAACGCCCGAAAAAUUCAUGGUGAAAGAGACGUCUUUUCUGGAAUGUUCACAAAUCCAAUCUUCGUUGCUAUUAUAAUAGGAACCAUAAUUGUACAGUUUGUCAUUGUACAAUUUGGCGGACCUGCAUUCAGCUGUGCACCGUUAUCCCUAGCUCAGUGGUUAUGGUGUAUUUUCAUCGGAAUUAGUGAAUUACUCUGGGGACAAGUGAUUGCGACAAUACCUAACAAGAAAUUACCGAAGUGCAUGACGAUUGGUAAAUCUGAACCAGAAGUUGAUCCAGACCUUGGUGAGAAAGAAGACAUUUUGGAAGAGUUUGGUGAUCAACAAUUGAAGUCUCGUGGUCAGAUCUUGUGGUUCCGUGGUCUCAACAGAAUACAGCAACAGAUGGACGUCGUACAGGCUUUUCAACAAGGAUCAGCUGCUUCAAACACUAAUAUUCGGGUUGUUAACGCUUUCCGAAGUUCCUUAUAUGAAACCAGACAUUAUAAACGUAGCAUGAAUUCCGUCCAUUCAAUUCACAACUUUUUACCGGCAAUGCAUCAAUAUGAAAAUUAUGACGAUGAUGAAGAUGAUGAGGUCAUGACCCAGGAACAAAUUAGUGACAUUACAAACCAAAUCAAACAAAAUACGGCCAUGUCACCUCCGGUGCACUUCAUGUCAGCUGAAAUUAAUGCCGACGUGUCUUCUUCGAUAGAAAAUAAAAUGACUUCAGAAAAUGAAAACCCAACUGCAUGAUGACGCAUUAUUUUCAUCUUAUACCUGUGUCUCGGAUAACAGCUUCAAAUGAAUUGGAUUUAAGUGUUGUCUUGCAGGUGGAAAAAGUUGCAUAGUCGAAUUUGAAUAUUUCUGACAUGGUUUUGUUCUCGGCUUUUUACAGAUGAAAAUUUGUGUUUGUUAUGAAUUACCAUGGGGAAGUUCGAUUUGGUAUAAAAAUCAGUUUGUGUUUCUGAAAUGACCCCUUUUUUGAUAAAUUGACUCAGAAACAAGUAUUGAUAAUUUAGAAAUUAUAACCAAAGUUACAAAUCUUACGUUUUAUAUUCAUUUUAUAAACUUAGAUAAAAAUCAGUUUUCUGGGUUUCAUUUUUUGUGAAAAUGAUUGCAUCACGAUACUAUUAUCUCCGUAUUUUUAUGUAGCGUAACAUAUAGUUAUAUUGUUAAUAAAUGUAAUUUUAUUAUAUAGUAUAUUGGCCACUGAUAAGACAUAUUACCCAUAAGACUAUAUGUGCUGAAUUUAAACUAGUUUAUUUUUAUCCAAAAGUGAUCGUUUAUUUUUGAAAUGGAGUUUUUAAUUUAAGUUUGCUGCACUCAAUCUGGCUUUGAAAAUGGAAGUUCUAUUUCAUCAUUCUGUUAGAAGUUAGAUACCUUGUUUAAUAAUGCAAUCCCCCUUAGUUCGUUAAAAAUAACAGAUUUUAAAGUAUGAAACGUGAUUAAUAUAAAUGCAGUUCCUUACCCCGUCUGGUUCAUUAUUUUGAUUUUGUAUGUUUUUUUCUGAACCUUGCUUUUAGCGUUUUAAAUUUAUAUUUUUUUCUCCAAAAUAUACCUUUCAUUCUUUGCUAUUGCAUUCUCAUGCAUAUAAUUUGCAACUGAUAUUUACAGCACAAUAAGUGUGCUUGGCACUUCCAUAUUAACCUGACAACUGUUUUAUUUGUGUAAAAACUACCGGUAAUUCGGUUUUUGAUUUUUCGUUUUAAAUUUUUUUUACCUAUUUUUAACGGUAUCUGAAUGUCAAUUCUAUAACAGUUCUAGAUUACUACCAGUCGUCCAUUCUCACAUUUGCUUGGUAUUAUUGGUAUUGAGCCAUCAACUGUAUAAUUUCUGAUUUAACUUAUAUGAAAUUCCAUUUCUUGAUAGUUAAUAUUUUAGAAUUCUUUGUAAUUCUCUAUCAGAAUAUUGUGAGAAAGUUGGCUGUACAAAAAUUAACGUAGUAAUUUAUGAAUUCGUCAACAGCAUUUUUUGAUAGCUCAAGUAUCCUUUUUUGUUUAGGUCAUAUUAUUAUCCAUAUUGGCUAUGUUGAAAAAUUAAUGUGCCGUAUUAUCAAGAUAUAAAUGUCUGAAUGAAUAUUGUUUUAACUCAUAUUUUUCCGAUAAAAUUCAUGUCAUUGGUAAUUAAAGGAAGAACGCUAUUGGUGAAGAAGCAUAUUCUUUUGUAUUUUGAUUUAUAUAACUUUGUUCAUUUAGGAAAUAAUUUAUAUUGUUUUAACUGUAGUUUGUUUUCUGUAGUCAAAACAUAGUUGCAAGACACCGAAUGUGUUAAAAAGAAUUUCUUUACACAUGAAUCAUCUCUAUGGCACAUUCAAUCCUUCAGGAAUAUAGGCUCAAAUAGAUUCGCUGAAAUUUUCCUGACAAUGACCGAUACGAGUUUAUCAAUUGUCCUAUAGCAACCAAUCAAUUUCUCUAUACAACAGUACUUUAGGAAUAUACAAGAAAAUUUUUUUUUUAUUAGUGCUAUAAAAAUUUACUAGGAAGCUUGCAAAAAUUUGCUAUUGCUUUUUUACAAUCUACUGCAUUGUUUUUGAUUUCAUUUGCCCAUUUCUCAGAUUUUAAAGUGAAGAUUUUUGAUCCUGUUCGAAAAGAUAUCGAAUUAUUAAUCGACCAUUUACGAGCAUUGAUUUCGAUUGAAAACUAUAUUAAUAAUAAUUUGUAUAUAACAAAAAUUUAUAGUUAAAAAUUCCGCAUUUUUUCUGUGUUUUAGGUUUUUAUUUUACACAAGAUAAAAUUUCUUAAUUCUCUCAUCAUCUGACAAAAACCUAAUCUUACUACCUAAAUAAAAAAGAAAUGAUAGUCUUGGUCGAAAAGGGUUUACUGGGGCUCACAAAGUGGCCUCCAUUUCCCUAUGUAAGUCCAUUUUCUCUCUUCACUAAUAAGCAAUACCUUUAAAUCUAUAUUUCUAUCUAUAUUGUUUCAAUAGACGAAUGCGGUUUGCGGAAAAUGUAAUUUCAAAUUGGUAUGCACAUUUUUUAUUAUUGAGCAGGUUUAUUUGGUUUCUAAAAUCUUCUGUACCAUUUUUCUUAUUGUUUCAUGUAAAUACAUCAAUAUACGAAAAAAACUUCCGUCUUCUCAAAAAAAAAAUCGUUUUUUACUCCCAUCUACUUUCAAAAUGCAGAUAUAUUUGUGUGGUUACGUGUUUUUUAUCCCAUAAACUUUAUUCUUUUGGGUCUCCAUAGGAUUCAAGUUCAAAUCGUGCAGCAUUGAAGUUUACUGUUGAUAAAAAUAUCAAAAUUCGUUUCGAUAGAGAGAUAAUUUUUAUUUUCGGGUAACAACUUUUUUUUUCGCUUUAACCAGCAGUUGUUAUGAGAAUGUGACAUCUACAAGGAGUGCUUACCCAAGAGGUUCAUCUCAUUCUCAUGCAUGAAUCAGACAAAUCGCAGGUUUUUCUCAGGCUGUGGUUCACAAUAUAUUUUCUUAUCUUGAUUUUCAUGUGUUACCUAAGUAUGUUCUGAAGCAAGACGACAAAUAGUUAUUGAUGGCGCCUGUAUAUUUUCUCAAGCCCUUGAUAUGCUUCAAGUUUUAAUUUAAUACAUUAUUACUGAUUGUAUGUUUUCAUUAGUUUUUUUCUUUUGUUUAUUCAAAUAAAAGUUUGUACCGUUGUUGAACUAUACGUUGAAUGUUUAUGUUAUUAAAUUUAUUCAUAAAAAA